ACCACCAUCUCCACUCUGUCCUUUCUUCUCCAUCUCGCCGCCGUCGUCACAAUGUCUGCCCAGGCUCCCCCCACCUCCACCGGCUCCACCAAGCUCGAUGCCAUCAAGGCUACGGCCGCAGCUGCUAACCCGGCCAACCCCAAGGGUCUCGACCUUUACUCGCGAUUCGCUUUCGCCGGUGCCGUCUGCUGCGCUGUCACCCACGGUGGCUUCACUCCCGUCGAUGUCGUCAAGACCAGGAUCCAGCUCGACCCCGCGACCUACAACAAGGGCCUAGUCGGCAGCGCCAGGCAGAUCCUCGCCAACGAGGGUUUCGGCGCUCUCUGGACUGGUGUCGGUCCUACCUUCGCUGGUUACUUCCUCCAGGGUGCCUUCAAGUUCGGUGGAUAUGAGUUCUUCAAGCAGCAGUGCAUUAACCAGUUCGGCUACGAGACUGCCUCCAACAAUCGCACCGCCGUCUACCUCGCUUCGGCCGCUACCGCCGAGUUCUUCGCCGACGUCGCCCUCUGCCCCCUCGAGGCCACCCGUAUCCGUCUCGUCUCCCAGCCCACCUUCGCCAACGGCCUUGUUGGUGGCUUUUCCAAGAUCUUGAAGCAGGAAGGUGUCGGCGCGUUUUACUCUGGUUUCGGACCCAUUUUGUUCAAGCAGGUUCCCUACACCAUGGCCAAGUUCGUCGUUUUCGAGAAGGUCUCCGAGAUGGUCUACCAGUCCGUCGACAAGAGCAAGGCCUCCAGCGGCAUGCAGACUACCAUCAACCUUGGCUCCGGUCUUAUCGCCGGAUUCGCUGCCGCCAUUAUCUCGCAGCCUGCCGACACUAUGCUUUCCAAGAUUAACAAGACCCAGGGUCUCCCUGGAGAGGGCACCAUGACCCGUCUCAUCAAGAUUGCCGGUGAACUCGGCCUCCGUGGCUCCUUUGGUGGUAUCGGCGCCCGUCUCUUCAUGGUUGGUGGUAUCACCGCUGGUCAGUUCGCCAUCUACGGUGACAUCAAGAAGGCUCUUGGCGCCACAGGUGGUGUAGAAAUCUCGAAAUAGAGGGUGUUGGGCGAGGAGCAUGAGUGCCAGCCAUGAUACCAAGACAGCCAUGAAGCUUUUUGCGGGCUUCGGAACAACGCCAAAAGUAAUGAUCUGUCUUUGUACCUUUUUCUUGCAUAUGGAUUGCAUGGGUUUCUUCUUUAGCUUCAUGUGUUUGCGUAUAUUUGCAGUCAUAGAUUUUCUGCGCUGCCGCUAGACGUCGGACAAGCGGGCUAUGUAACAGUACGAGUGGUUGGGAACUAGCUGCACAAUAGACGGA